AUGGUGGAGUACACCCCAAGCGAGAUCUGCAAACAGCAUUGGGAGCAUUACCUGCAAGAUGAACCAGUCUCCAUGCACAUCACCAUUUCACUUGUGGUAGCCCCUAGAAGGGUGAGUGUGUCUCAUGCACAGCCAGGAGUCGUCUUUGUUUUCCUCUUGUUCUUGUGUGAUUGUGGGUCCCCCUGCUGUGUGAUUGCAGGUGGGGAGUACAGUGAAGAUGACGUGAGCGAGUUGGUCAAGGAAGAUGAGGAUGAGGAGAAACCGCAGAAAGAAAAAGGCAAAAAAAGUUCCAAAGCUCCGGUGUGCAGGAAAAGGAAGAGAGGAGGCAUCUUGUUAGUGCCCAGGGGAGGAGAGGAAUUGCAGGAUCAGCGAAGCGACAGCGAGGAGGAGGCCGACAGUCUGAGACAGGUGAAAGGAGGCCGAGCAGAAGAGGAGGAGGAGAAAAAGAAGAAAGAGGAUGCUCUGUGGGCCAGUUUCCUCAGUGAUGUGGGGCAGAAUUCCAAAGCACCAGCUGCCACUCAGGUGCCCGGUCCACAGGCUAACAAGACUGCAGAGGUGAAGAAUUCGAGCAGAUUCCAGGAAGACAUGAAAGAGCCAGAGAAGCCGAAAGACGUGGCAAAAGUGACGAUCACCAAAGUGUUUGAUUUUGCCGGGGAAGAGGUCAGGGUGACAAAAGAAGUGGACGCUGCCUCCAAAGAAGCCAAAUCCUUUCUGAAGCAGCAAGAAAAGGAGACCCAGCCAGUGACUCCUGCUUCCCUUCCGACAGUCUCUGGGGUGAAGCGGCCAAGCGGCAUGAGCAGCCUCCUGGGGAAGCUUGGCUCCAAGAAGCAGAAGAUGAGCACGCUGGAGAAAUCCAAGCUGGACUGGGAGAACUUCAAGGAGGAGGAGGGGAUCGGGGAGGAGCAGGACAUCCACAACCGAGGGCAAGACGGGUACGUGGACAGGAAGGCGUUCCUGGAGCGCGUGGACCACAGGCAGUUUGAAAUUGAGCGCGACAUCCGCAUGAGCAAGAUGAAGCCGUGAGCCAGGCGGGAG